AUGUGGGCGCUGCGGGCGCUGUGCCUGGCCGGGCUGGGGGCGGCCAUCGGCGGCGGGGCCGCGGAUCAGUGCAGCUGGAGGGGCAGCGGGCUGUCACAGGAGGCUGGCAGCGUGGAGCAGCUGUCCCUGCACUGCGCCGAGGGCUCGCUGGAGUGGCUGUACCCCACGGGGGCCCUCCGCCUCCGCCUGGCCCCCCGCCUGCCGCCCACCAGCGCCGCCGUCAAGGGCCGGAGCCCCCCGCGCGUCACCGCCUGCAUCAAACCCAGCGCGACCUUCCGGGGGGCUCAGCUCUACCUGGAGAGGGAGGGGGGCCUGGAGCUGCUGCUGCCCGAGGCGCCCCGGCCCCACGCCCGCUGCUUCAGCUGGCUGCCCCACGAGAAGGUGGCGCUGUUCCUGCAGGCCACCCCGCAGCCCGACAUCAGCCGCCGCAUCGCCGCCUUCCGCUACGAGCUGCGGGGGGACUGGCUGGCCCGGCCCGCGCUGCCCUCCGCCAGCCUCGGCAGCGAAGGUGCGUGCCGGCCGUGCAAUGACACCGAGAUCCUGAUGGCCAUUUGCACUAGUGACUUUGUCAUCCGCGGCAGCAUCCGGAGCGUGUCCAACGACGCCGAGCUGCAGGAAUCCAUCAUUGGGGUGAGCGCCACGCGCAUCCACCGGCAGAAAUUCCCGCUGUUCCAGGCAGGCGGGCGGCCGGGCCGGCCCGUGGGCAGCAUCCGCACCCCCCUGCGCUGCGGGGUCCGGCCGGGCCCCGGCUCCUUCCUCUUCACGGGCUGGCUGCACUUCGGGGAGGCCUGGCUGAGCUGCGCUCCGCGCUACCGGGACUUCCAGCGCAUCUACCGGGGCGCCCAGCGCACGCACCAGAACCCCUGCGAGUUCCCCGUGGACUGAGCGGCUCCGGGAGUGCCGGGGGAGCCGGCCCUGCCUCACUGAGAGCAUCCCGGGGACACGGGGACGGUGCCCGGAGGGAGCGUGGCACACGGAGCUGGGCUGGGGCAGCACCCGCCGGCGGGCUGGGGGGUUUGGGGAAAUCCUGCUGGAAGGGAAGGGAUUUGCCCAGGGUGCCCAGGGAGCUGCCUGGGUGAGGGGUGCAGCAGAAUGGGGAGCGGGGUGCUGCAUGCUCAGGGGGUGCUGUGGGCACAGUGGGUCUGGCCAGACCCCGGCAGGGCUCGGGGCGGGUGGCCGUGGUGGCCGGUCCAGGGACACGGAAGGCACAGAAGGGAGUGGAAGGGCCAGGAGAUGGAUCUGUAAAGUUGAGGGGUGGAAGGGGGAGCAGGCAGCGGUGAGCCUGGCCCUGGCACGGGCAGGAGCUGCGGGGCGGAUGCCAAGGAAGAGGAGAGAAGCUGAAGGGAAUGAAGGGAACAGUGAGGUGGGAGGAAGGCUGGCGGGGGAGCAGAGGUGUCCUUGGCACGGUCAGGGCAGGACCAAAGCACUGACACAGGAAGGUGCCACAGGAACAGGGAGAGGUGACAGUGCCACCGUCCCUGGCAGCCCUGGGUGAGCAGGGCAGGCCGUGCCAGCCAUGGGAACUUUGGACCUGGGGGUGGGGGGCAUCGUAUGUGCACUAAAGUUAUAACGAUACCAAAUUUGUGACUUCUUUUUUAUAAACUAAGCUGUAUUUGUA